AUGGAGACACUUUUAGAGGAAGUGUCCCGAGCAAGAGAAGCAGUCCUAGAUGCCCACUUUCUCAUUCUGGCUUCCAAUCUGGGCAAAGAGAAAGGAAUGCAGCUGCGCUCUUGUCUCAGCUCAUUCGCUAUGUUAAGAUACGUUGAAGCUCUACUGACAUAUAUAGGUGUAAACCCACUAGAAGCUGAAGAAUUCAUCCGUGACGGAGAGAGUUCUGAUUUGGAAUUCAUCGCCUAUGACUCCUGGACAAUACUGGGAAAAACAGCAGAAAACACCCUUAAUAAAACCCACACGUUCCACUUUCUGUUGGGUUCAACACAAGGAAAGUCCUCUGUGCCAAAGCCUCGAAUUGAUCGUCUGAGAAGAGCCAGUACCAUAGAAGAGCAGUGGGCCUUGCCUGCUCAGUUGAAAUGUAUGGAAGAGUCUCAUCAGGAAGCAACAGAAAAAGAAGUAGAAAGAAUCUUGGGAUUGUUGCAAUCAUAUUUUCGAGAAGAUCCUGAUAUUACAAUGUCCUUUUUUGACUUUGUGGUCGAUCCACAUUCUUUCCCCCAUAGAGUGGAAAACAUCUUCCAUGUCUCCUUCAUUAUACGGGAUGGCUUUGCAAGAAUAAGACUUGACCAAGACCGAUUGCCAAUAAUAGAGCCUGUUAAUAUUAAUGAUGAAAGUGAAGGUAUUAGUCAUCACACCCAAAUGAGGAAUCAAGGAAUUCUAGCUUUGAGUUACCGUGACUGGGAGGAGAUUGUGAAGACCUUUGAGAUUUCUGAGCCUGCAAUUGCUUUGGGUCAGAGCCAGCAGAGGCUAAGUGCUUGAUGCCACUAAAGGAUUCCUCUGGAUUGUGAAAUCCCAAAAGGAACGCAUGUGUUGUACAUAUUGUAUGAUUAAGCAUUUUAAAAGAUAGAUUGUUUUAGCAAAUUGUAGCUUUUGAUAGUUAAUGGGUUUGUCAUAAUUGUCUUUGAUUAAAGGAGAUUCACUGCCAUACAAAUAA